AUGGAUAAUAUUGACAAUAUGGAAAGAAAAAACUCCUCACCUCAGGUGAAUAUAAAAUUUCUCUCACUCAACCUUUUCCUUCGUCCUCCGCUUAUUCAUACAAAUGAAAGUGAUUAUAAGGACGAUCGAUUGCGGUAUUUUAUCCGUAAUAUAAUUCACAACUACGACAUUAUAUGUCUCCAAGAAGUUUUUUCUUCUUACACCCUUAGGCAAAAUCGCCUAAUUCAAGGAGCAGAAAAUAGGCAGUUUUUAUAUUCAGUAAGAAGCCCAAAGCCAAAGUUAUGAUCAACACAGAUUGUAGACUGUGGGCUAGUAAUUCUAACUCCCACUCAAGGAGGGGGUUAUUUUUAUUUUAAAAAAAUUAUAUAUAAAUUUUAUAGAAAAAUUUUUUUUUCGAAAUUUUAAAAAAAAAUCCUAAUUUGCAAAAUUGGGAAGCAAAUUUUAAUUUAAUUUAUAAAAUUAUGUUUUAAAACACAAUUUUUUUAAAAUUAAACAGAAUUAGCUAUACUAAUUUCACUUAUAUAUCAAUUUUUUUUUUAACAAAAAAAUUUUGUUCACUCACGGAGGGUGGGUUUUUGGGCAAAAAAUAGGGAUUUUUUCCAAUGGUUUUUUUCACUCACGGAGGGGGAGUAAGCAAGUAUCGUAUAGUAGAAAGUGAAUUCAAGCCUUUUACAUAUUCAUUGCUUCCCGACAGAUUAUCAUAUAAAGGUAUGCUAUAUGCAAAAAUUUCAAUUAAUGGGAAAAACGUUCAUGUAUUUACGUCUCAUUUGCAGUCUAAACAUCCUACUGAGGACAGCGCUCAGUACUUGGCAUAUAGACUUGUUCGGAGAUCACAAUUGAUAGAAAUGAGGAAUUUUGUUGAUGAUAAAAUUGGGAAGUCAAAUGACGCUGUCAUUAUUGCAGGAGAUUUAUAUCAGUUUAUAAAUGAUUAUUAUUUAUGAUUAAUCAAGAUUUAUUUAUUAAUAAUAAGAGAAUUAUCAUUCAAUUAUGUAUAAAUAUAGAUGGAAGAGAAGAACUUAAGCCUCCCGCAUUUCCAGUAUAUUAUAUUUAGGACAUUGAGUGCAAAGAUGACUAUGAACACUUUAUCAAUAUUUUAUCAAAAUAUGGAAAAUCAGACUUAAUUGAUGUAAUGAGGACCAAAUAUGGGUAUUCUCCAGCUACAUUUGGUAGACAUGAUGAAAAUAAUAAUCCACUUGAAACAGUACUCACUGCUUCAGACCAAACCUUAUGGGAUGAAUCAUUAGAUCAUAUUCUGAUGAUUAAUGAAAAAGCUAGUGGGGUCACUAUCAAUUGGACUGAGACUUGUGUAGAGCCGUUUUAUACUCCUGGACAGCCAUUUACUCAGAUUAGUGAUCACGCAGGAGUUCAAAUUUCUUUUAGGUGUUAA